UUGGUCUUCUUAUGUCUGCACGAAGUUGCAGGCAUGUCAGGCUGGUUUGGAUGUUUGGACGGUCAGGAUAUAUUUGCAUCAAUCAAGGAAAACAGCCAAUCGGGGGAGAUUGUCGCUGAGAUUGUAGCUGAUACCACAAUGGACGGAGUACAGUGGAGCCUAGUCGGAAAGGAUUCCGACUGGUUCUUUCUGGAUGACAGAAACAUCAGGCUGAAUACAUCAGCUGACAAGAUCCUUGACCGAGAGGCCCUUGGUCAAGUGUUAAGCGCUGAACUAUCGUGCCAUGUUGAUGAUGUAUACCAGAGCGUGUACAGGAUCAUGGUGGAGAUUCUCAAUGAGAAUGAUAAUUUACCGAUGUUUACGGAAAACACCGUUCAGUCUGUUGUUCUCAGUGAGCUGAUUCCAGUUAAUACAGUGGUUUUCACUGUCCAAGCCACUGAUGCUGAUAAUGACAAUAUCGUUUACUCAAUUGACCAGUCAUCUCCUGAUGCAGAGUACUUCGAAGUCAGUCUACCGAACAGUGGGGAGGUGAUCCUGGCCAGACCUCUAGACUAUGAGACCAAGACCCUGCUCAAUGUCACCAUCUUUGCUUCUGAAACUAACACUGCCGAGCGCUACAACACCAGCAUCAACAUCAGCAUCACCAUUCUAGAUGGAGAUGAUCAGUAUCCGCAGUUCUUGCCCUGUAUGUUGCUUUUUAAGGAUGAAGCCAGUCAAAUCUGCACAAACCCCGUCUACACAGUCAACGUUACAGAGGGAGAAGAGGACAUUGUUUUGAACUUUUCUCCGGGUCCUAUUCAUGCCGUGGAUGGAGACAGAGCCCUCAGCUCUCCAAUCAGUUAUGCCAUUCUCUCAGGAGAUGACACCGGUCGUUUCAGGAUAAACAGAGAGACAGGUGAAAUGAGACUGACUCAGGGAGUAGGAGACAGCCUCAUGAUUCCACUUCUGCGUCUUCAAGUCAUUGCAUACCAGGACAAUGACCCUAGGAAGUAUUCUGUUGCAACAGUGUUGGUCCGAAUCAUGGCAGUGAAUCAGUUUUAUCCCGAGUUUGACAAGGCAGAAUAUCACGGCUUUGUGACUGCAGGAAGAAGUCCAGCCUCUCUGGUCAAUAGUUACGGCAACAUGGCGCUAAUGUUGCAUGUAAAAGACCAAGACUUUGAACAGGGUUUUAAUCCCAUGAUUUACUUCACCUUAAGUCCGACAUCCAAUCACACAGAUGUCUACCAAGUCACACAGGGAGGGCUCCUCAUCGCGAGGGCCAGUCUUUUAAAACCAAAGCAGAAACAUGUUUUAGAGGUAACAGCUGUAGACCAGGACUCAGGUGACACCACUUUUGCUACUGUGGUGGUGGAAGUGUUACCUGAGGGACAAUCAAUCCCUUAUAGUGCCAUGGAGGAGGGGCGACUGACGGGCUGCACUGUGGGAAAAGCGCUGUUUCUCAGCAUGGUGAUGAUGACGUUGCUGGGAUGUGUCCUGUCCGUACUGAUGUGGCUGAGGAGGAAACACAAAGGACUGAGAAACCCGCAGGAGAGAGGAUGUGUGGCACAGGGCAAACACCCAAAUGUGAGCUUACGCUGGUUUCAACUGGUUAAUCACCAUGGUGCCAUGUCCCACAUGGAGGAGGUAGCCUACAACAAUGAAGAGUUUGGCACUUGUAAUCCUACCUUUAGCUUUCCAGACAAACCAGACGACUACACUAAUCACAACAACAACAUCUGUCAAGAACCCGCUCCUCCUAUGACAGCUGCCGCAUCAGACACCACCCUAAUUAUAACUGAAAUAGUCUGCAGCUCAGUAGCCCUCAAUAAUAAUUCCUCCAUACCGAUCAAAAAAUUAUCUGAUUCAUUUACUUUUGAACCAGUCAAGGAAAAAGUGACCCCCUUACAAAUGGCUGACGAUCCUGUUCGAGCCACGGAAAAUCCCGACCCUCAGACCGGUUUGACCUCACAACCUGUUGAGGCCCAAUCCAGCCCCAUCCCUGUAGCCCAUGAUGACCCCCGAUUCUCACCUCCAAGUGUUCCUGAUUUGCAAAAUGCCACCAUCGACAGCCACGGUGACCAACUUGCCAGCCCCUCCUCUCCAUCCAGUUGCAAUUUUCAAAUCGUUUUAGCAGAUUUGGACAGAUCUCUCCUAAGAGCCUGUCUGAAAACCCCUCCACACACACCUUCACUGUCCUCACCUCUCCCCGAAGAAGCAGGCUCACCCCCUUCCACUCCUGAACACGGCCCUUUAAAAGCAACGAUGGUACAUAUAGAUACAUCUCCGACUGACACCCCUCCAGAAACGCCAGAGUGUCUGAUGGCAGAGGAGCAACAGCCCUGCACAUCGCUGGACUACAUGGAACCAUCAGGGCCUUCGGUAGAGGCAGCUGAUGCAAUAAGCCCACAUCAGGACAGAAGGCCCUCAACAAUUUCUGGAACCCCCGAAGAUGGCAGCAGGGUGGGGGACGUAGAGGAUGAGGGUGUUCUCGGAGAUGAGGACGCAGACAAGAACAGCGAUGGCGAGAAUGAGCUGGAGUCAGACGAAGAAGAGCUCCUGAGAGUGAUGGCUCGCUGUAAUCCCAUUUUUAUUACAUUCCGUAAGUGA